AUGUCCUUCGCCAUAAGAGAGGUGGACGACGAGUACUAUGCUCGAAAGAAAAGCAAAUCCAAAGGGAAAACCCCUUCUACAUUCAAGAAACCAGUUGAUAUCUCUAAGGUCAAUCUCCCCGUGAUCAAAGUGUGGUUGGAGGAAACCAUCCAUGAACAUCUUCCAGAAGAUGACAUCGCAGUGGAAUUUAUCUACGAGUUACUAAAGAGUGAGGAAUCAUUGGCCAUCGACACCAUCCGUGAGCAAAUGAAUGACUUUCUCGGAGAGAGGGAAAGUUUGAUAUUCUGCGAGAGCCUCUGGAAGUUGCUUCUAAGUGCCCAAAAGGACAAGGAUGGUAUUCCUGAGCAGCUCUUGGAACAGCGAAAGAAACAGUUAGAGAGAGAAACAGCCAAACAAGCCCAACAGAUGAUUGCUGAGCUACGACUGAAGCCGGACUACAGUAGGUCUCGGAGUAAUCGCUGGGGCCAAAAAGAUGCCAGCGACCCGAGAGACAGAAGUAGCAGGAACGACGAGAGAGCAAAAUCUCCACAACGCAGACAGUCUCCCGAGGGGAACAUUUACGGCUCCAAGACCAAUUACAAUCGAUCACAAAAGGAUAGAGGGAUGUAUCAAAGAGAUAAUGAGAGAAGUAGAGGUGAUAGAGGUAGAGGUAACAAAUACGAAAAGAGACACGACAAGGGGAAAAAUCAUGAAGAAAAGAUUUCAAAUGCAGUUGAGAGAGAUCACAGAGAUAAUGAAAAGAAUAAUUAA